AUGGCGGACAAGUUUCGGUUUGGGUCCGGAUUUAUUCGCUUGAUCGGUGGAAAACGAAACAAAUUUCCUGUUCCACCUGGCGAAAAAUCAGCAGAAGCCAAUUUUACCAAAUCAUCGCAGACAUCAUCAAAAUCUCAAAGAAUCACGUCACCGGUCAAAGAUUUCUACGCAGUUCUUGGAGUGAGCCGCGCUGCCACAUUCAGUGACAUUAAAAAGGCCUAUUAUCAGCUAGCGAAGCAGUUUCAUCCGGAUAGAAACACUACCCAAAAUAUUUCUACCAGCCAAGGCGGCACAGAACUGCAAUUUUCCCAGAUUACUGAAGCUUAUGAAGCAUUGGUACAAGAAUUGAAAAAUCAGGAUAACUUCGUCGUUGAUUUGAAUCCUUCUCUGUAUCGAGAUAUCAGGCAAAAGCAUAUGCUACUACCGAACGGCAAGAAGUCAGUAGCAACGAUCAACGGUACCACGGUAAACGAACUAAACUACGAAGACGUCGUACUCAAAGUCACGUUCAAAGAAUCGGUGCAAGGUGCAACACGGGAACUUACAUUGCCGAUUGGCGUAAAGUGUAAUCGUUGCACAUUCAAGGGAUGCCUAACGACGCAUAACGAAGAAGGCCUGUGCAGCAUUUGCCACGGUACGGGAAGGCAGGUGUUCCAUACGGAAAAUGGCGAUCUUCUGAUGCCUUGCAAAUUUUGCAACGGAACAAAACAGGCCCCCCAUAAGCUAACGUGCCCAAAGUGCAAUGGGAAGGGUAUAGUUAUGAAAACCUACACGUUAACCGUCAACAUCCCGAAGGCAUCUCAGCAUAUGGACCGCUUUAAAGUCCGCAUUCCUGGUCUGCAGCGACAGGUUAACAUUAUACUACACGUGCAGGACUCCGACCUUUUUAGACGCAACGGCCUAAAUAUAUACUCAACGGAGGAGAUUACGAUGCUGAAGGCUAUAAGAGGAGGUAAGCUGUCUAUCCGUGGCAUCAAUGGGAUCUUCAACGUUAACCUGGAGCCGGGCUCGUCAUGUGGCACAGAAAUACGCAUCCCCGGAAAAGGGCUGCGAGAUGAAAUCCAUAAAGAUGUUGGUGAGCACAUUCUCAAAUUGCAAAUUCGCGUGCCGAAAACGCUCACACCGAGGCAGCUACAAUUGCUGGAAGAAUUCGAGCGAGCGGUCCAAAGUGACGCGUAG